CAGGGGGAGUGAGCACGGUGGUCUAUUUAUUUAUUUAUUGUAAAAAGUUUUUAUUUUUAUUUUUACGCGGAACAUGCUCGGCCUGUGCCUUUACGUGCCCGUCCGGAACUCAGACCCGGUUGAGGUUGAGUACUUCGAGUCAAACGGGCUGCCGUCGGAGCUGAAGUCUCUUUUCAAGCUCAGCGUUUUCCUGCCGUCUCAGGAAUUUUCCACCUACCGGAAAUGGCGGACGAAAACGAGAGGAGAAGGACGAGAAGAGAAGGAUGUUGAUGGACAGCUGGACUUUGACGAGUUUGUUCACUACUUGCAAGAUUAUGAAAAGGACCUGAAACUGGUUGUAAAAAGCCUUGACAGGAAAAAUGCAGGGCGCAUUGAUUCCAAGGAUCUCAUGCAGUCUCUGCAGGACCUCGGUGUCCAUAUUUCGCUGCAGCAUGCUGAGAAAGUCCUUAAAAGUAUGAACAAAAAUGGAACGAUGACAAUCAGCUGGAAUGAAUGGAGCAACUAUCCACCGGUGGAGACGGAGAGCGUCCCUGAAAUCAUCCUGUACUGGAAACACUCCAUGAUUUUCGAUGUAGGGGAGAACCUGAUGGUGCCGGAUGAGUUCACGACGGAGGAGAAAAUGACGGGCAUGUGGUGGAGGCACCUGGUGGCAGGUGGAGGGGCUGGUGUCGUGUCCAGAAGCUGCACCGCACCUUUGGACCGCGUCAAAGUGAUGAUGCAGGUUCAUGGUUCCCGUAGCAACAACAUGUGCAUCAUGAGCGGGAUGGCACAGAUGAUAAAGGAAGGAGGGAUGAGGUCGCUGUGGCGAGGCAACGGAGUCAACGUGCUAAAAAUCGCCCCAGAAUCAGCCCUCAAGUUCAUGGCAUAUGAGCAGAUCAAACGUUUGAUCGGCAGCGAUAAGGAGACACUGAGCAUAGUGGAGCGCUUUGUCGCCGGCUCCCUGGCAGGAGUCAUCGCCCAGAGCACCAUCUACCCCAUGGAGGUCCUGAAAACUCGUCUUGCUCUGAGAAAGACUGGGCAGUACUCUGGUAUCUCUAAUUGUGCGAAACAGAUCCUCAGGACAGAGGGGCUCCGAGCGUUUUAUAAGGGUUAUAUCCCAAACUUGCUGGGCAUCAUCCCCUACGCCGGCAUCGACCUGGCGAUCUAUGAGACGCUUAAGAAUCGCUGGUUGCAGCAGUACGGUACCAACAGCAGCGAUCCGGGUGUGUUUGUCCUGCUGGCCUGUGGCACGGUGUCCAGUACCUGUGGUCAGCUGGCCAGUUACCCACUGGCUCUCGUGCGCACUCGUAUGCAAGCCCAAGCUGUUGUGGAGGGCAGCCAGCAGGCAACCAUGACGGGACUCUUUAGGCAGAUCCUCCAGACUGAGGGCCCCACAGGACUCUACAGGGGCCUGGCUCCCAACUUCAUGAAGGUCAUCCCGGCCGUCAGCAUUAGCUACGUUGUGUACGAGCGCUUGAAAACGACGCUGGGAGUGACAUCACGCUGAAUCGACUCACGGCCGUCUGUUCAACAUUCAAGGCUGGACUAUGACCCCUGCCCACAAUAGCUGACACCCCACCCCCAAUCCAGAGCUCAGUCCAGAGAAUCCAGGGACCCUGUGAGGUUCCCGAGAGGUUUGUGGAGCCACCUCAUUCUGUGAAUGUCAGCCGGUGAAAUACAAACCAGUACACUAAAGACAUGAACCUCUGACACCUGAACUUUGUGAGCUCAAGUUUUGAGGGAUGGGGGCGCGCUGUCGUUUCCCCAAAAUGCUGCUAUUUAUGUUUUAAAGAGAAAUUCUUUUGAUAGUGAGGAAAGCACAACACUGUGUGGGUGAUGGAAUAUAAACCAAGGACCAAAUGUUGUCUGGCUCACCUAACAUUUUGGGUUUUAGUGCCUGAGCAAAUCUUUCACCUUUGUUCAUUUUUAAUCCGUCACUGUCGGUUAGACGUGCACCACUGCCCUUAACACAAACAGGAAAUGAAAAGAAAUGACUGCAGAUGUUGCAUCAGUGUUUUGAACGUUUGUUAAUUUCGUUCUGCCUGCCGCAGAGAAGUUUUAUCAAAUGAAGGGAUUUCUGAAUGAAUGUGUGAUCAGCCAGCACCUGUAUUUUCUUCAAUGGAAAUAAUAGAAACGUCCCUCCUGAGUGAAUGAUGGCAGUUUGCCAUAUGAUCUGUAUUUAUUCAUCCAUCCAGUAUUUAUUGUUUUUAUUGUCAAGAGGUUUGCUGGUGAUGGGCUGAACGCACUUUACUGGUGUUGAGUUGCUGUUGAAGAGCCAUAUGCGUCCGAAUGCAGCUGGAGAAGUGUGUGUGUGUGUGUGUGUGUGUGUGUGUGUGUGAGAGAGAGAGAUUACGUUCAGGGUGGGGAAACUGAGCAGCACACGGCUGACCACGUUAAUGUUCCUAGCCACUCGGGAGGGUGACCGUCCUUUUUCAUGUCCUGGUAAAAUGGUUUCUAGUUACUUUUGUGGCUGGUGGGCUGAAACUUGGGUGUCCUCCAUUGUUUUUGAUCUACUUUAGAGAUUGAACACACUAUCUUUUUUCUUUUUUUUAAUUAUGUGUUAAUUCUUGCAAGUAUGUAUUUUGCCCUCAAAACUAAAUGUUCGUUUCUCAGGUUAGUGGGCAAUUUGGAUGUUUAAUUUUUUUUGUUUUCCAUACUUGUUGGAACACUUGAAGCGUCUUUUCAAGGGUUUAUGCUUUGAGAAACCGUGGCUUGAAUAUAUGAGCUAAAGAAUGCACUUUAAUCACGCUGGAAGGGCUUCUGGAUGUUAGUAAUGAACACACUUGAAGAGAAGAUAUGCUAAUUCAUUGGUAAGGAAUGAUUAUAGCAUUGCUGUUUUGAUGGACCAUUUUUAUGUAAAUAAAAACCAAGUCGUGUAAAAACAA